AUGAAAGCCUUUAUUCUUUCCGGUCUUCUGGCCGCCACUGUCUCUGCUCACAUGCAAUUGAGCAGUCCAUACCCUAUCCGCAGUCCCCUGAACAAGGACGCCAAGGGCGAGAAGGACUAUUCUUAUACCAACCCCCUCUCCAGCUCCGGCAGCGACUACCCAUGCAAAGGCUACGCCAACGAUGACUUCGAGGCCGUCGCGACGUGGGCGCCAGGCUCCUCACAGGAGAUGCAACUGGAAGGCAGCGCCACCCACGACGGAGGUUCCUGUCAGCUGGCUCUGACCUACGAUAAAGGCAAGACCUUCAAGGUCAUCGAGUCAAUCGAGGGCGACUGUCCCAUCGCCAAGAAAUACAAGUUCGAAGUCCCCUCCGACGCACCGGCCGGUGAUGCCCUCUUCGCCUGGACCUGGUUCAACAAGGUUGGCAAUCGUGAGAUGUACAUGAACUGCGCUAUGGUCAGCAUCGGUGGCUCCGGCAACCGGAAUACCACUCAAAGCACCGAGGACAGGAAGGUCAAGAUGGCACCCAAGCACAAGGUCGACGAAAAGCAUGAGGCAUCGUCUGAUGAGAAGCAGCCCGCCCCCAAGGCCCAUGAUCAUAAGGAUACCAAGAAGACGAAGAACGCCAAGACCAGCUUCGAUAGUCUGCCUGAACUAUUCGUUGCCAACGUCAACCAGGCUGGAAAGUGUGUUACGAUCGAGGGCCAGGCUGUCCACUUCCCCAAGCCAGGCCCUAACCUCGUCGGUAAGGCUGAGGGUAAGGGUUACAAGUGCUCGGGCAAUGCUCCUUUUCUCGAUAGCGACGGUGCCUCCAACUCGACCAACUCGACCAACUCAACCAACACCACCAACACUAGCAAGAAGAUUUCUAAAGUCGCUCAGGCUUUCGGUACGGCCCCUGCUACCGCUGACACUCGCGUCCUCGUCGAGGCCUCGACCAACAACCCGUUCAGCGACUAUGUCGGUCGGUUCCGCUGCCAGUCCGGUGAGCUGAUCUGCUCGCCUGAUGGGUCCUCCUUUGCCAUGUGCACUCACGGCAAGCCUGUCUUCAUGGGCCCUGUCGCUGCUGGUACUGUGUGCCGCUGGGGUACUAUCGUUGCUGCCCACUAA